CGAUAGCACACACCCAUAUAACUCUUAGUUCUUAGUUAAGUAUGAAAUGGACAUGUGCGUAAGAAGAUACCGCAGUGACUUUAUGGGUGCUGUAUGUACAUGCAAAGUCUUAGGCCUGAUAUGUAAAGGGGCUAAUAUACUUGGUUUUGCAAGGUCAUGUCGUCGAAUUAUCGUCAAUGUUAUCCGUAAUGAGGGAACGCAAUUUUUAAGACAUGAGAAUAUCGGUAAUAUUGAUAAUAUUUCUAAUAUCACAGUCGUGACUGACUUUGCACAAGCUGCAGAAUAUGUAUCGUAGUAAAAGAUCAGCUUCUGGUAUAUAUAUAUAUAUGUAGUUUUGAUUUAAAAAGCAAGACAGGACCUUGAAACCUUACCGAAUGCAGGAUAGUCAGGCUAUCAUUGACAUAAUUAAACUUUAAAUGAUAAUUAAAUGGGAAUAGUGCCAUUUCGUGAGAAAAUAUUAACACGUAGCUCUGUUGGUAAUACAUGAUACAAUAUCUACGCAUCUCGGCAAGGUCUAUGCUGUGUGAGGGUCUUUCAAGACUACCCCCAAGUCCUAUUCAGAAGACAGAGGAGAGCAACAACAACAAUUCAUCUAGAGAAUCCAGUAGCGAGCGUACGAACAGCUCUUCGGUGACACAGUCUACCUUUAACUCGAGAACAGAAUCAUCGUCUCGAACUUUGUCUUCUUCCUCAGACCAGAGGCGAACCGAUCACGAUAAUCACACAAGCUCAAAAGACGAUCAUAAGCGAGAGCGUAGCGAUCGAAAUCGUCACACGUCCGACAAGAGUCGUCGUUCUUCCUACGACGACCGGCGGCAACGUGAGAGUAGUAGUAGUCACAGAGACCGAGGCAGAGAUGAUCGAAGGAGUCGGGACGAUGAUAAGCGCAAAGCGUCCCUCGGAUCGUCCAAGGACGAGAAGAGCGACGACAGGGAAAGGAGCGACAAGGAUCAUCAUUAUAGGGACGACAGGAGGGAUCGCAAUCGCGACAGAAACGAUAGGGAUAGGCGUAGGGAUCGGGAGAGGGAUCGACGGCACUCGAGGGACGACCGGUCCAAGGAUCGCCAUCGGGACGAACGCUCGAGUUAUCACAAGGAGAAGGAUCGCACGCGGUCGCGGUCACGCUCGAGGGAUCGCCCUCCUCCGCCGUUCAGGACGAUGAGCUAUCGGGAAGAGAAGGGACGGAACAAGCUGGCCCAGCUGGAGAAACUGGGCAUAGAGCUGAAGCCACCGGAAGGCGGUGAUAUCGCGACGCCCGGCGCACAGAGCGAGCAGAGUUAUUACAAUCCGCUGGCGACGGCGACGCAGGGCAAGUACGCGGAGCAAAUUCAAAAGAGGAAGUUGCUGUGGGCAAACAAGUCAAAGCAGGAUAACAGUAAUAGUACGUCAGCAGCAGCUUCGACCGCCAACACGUGGAUGGGGACGACUUUCACGCACGAUCAGGAUGGCAAGGUGACGGCCAAGUUCAAGCGAUUGAUGGGUAUCAAGGACGAUAUGACGCCUAGCGCGCCAACUGUCGGAGCGAAACCAGACAUCCUGAAGAAGCAGGAAGAGAUGUUCAACAAUAUGGAGCAGCAAUACGAGGUGGCACGCGCCACCACGCAUACGCAGCGCGGCGUAGGCCUGGGUUACGCCACUGGCGGCUACCAGUUUCCACGAUAAAAUUUAUUGAAAUCGUCUCAAGUCCCAGUCGUUUAAUUACAUUUAAUACCGAUAGACAAGCGUAUGAGAUAUAGUUACAUUUAACUGCUCGACAAUGUUAUGUCGACUCGCUCCUUCUGAAAUUUUCUUUCUUUUCAAGUCUUUCUUUUUUUGUUUACCAUGGGAACGGCUUAAGAACGAAUCACAGCUUAAAUUCUGAAGCAAUUGAUUCUCUGAAAGUCUACCGUGGAUGCAGAUGCAAUGAAAAUUAUGUAUCACCAUGUUGUAAGCACUGAAAAUAAAUUUAUUAAGAUUAUUUAAAAA